AUGCCCGAAUUGCUCAGUCCUAGAGGAGUUGAGAUGGUGGAACGCGUAGUGCGCUGGCUUGACAAAGAAUCUCAGAACACAGUUGGCCAUCUCCCUCCUAAUCUUCGUGUGAAGCCCCAGCGCAAAUACAAGAGGAGGAAAUUCGAUCACUACGGGGGAUAUCGAGAGGGAGAAUGGUUCAAUGUGCACAAGGAUGUGCUAUACGCUCAGUAUCGGAAAUGUGGUAGCACAACGGCGUCCACUCAGGAUACCAUGGCCAUCAUUCCGGCGCAGCCCCAAAGCCCGUUUCUUCGAUUACCCGGCGAGCUAAGAAACAAGAUUUACGAGUAUGCAUGUGCGGACGAGCGACAGAAGGUCGUGCUUUACUUCAACCGUCAGUUCGGCCGUCGUUCGCCUUCUCCUAACCGUCGUCCACUACCUUCCUUCGCACGGCUAAUACUGGCUCUCGGUCUCAAUCCACUGCACUAUGUUUGCCGCCAGACUCGAAAUGAAGCUUCGGGGGUGGGCUUGAGUAUGAUCGCGAUUCCACGCAAAGAACGGGGGCCCGGGGCCCCGAUAAGCUUCCAGUACUAUAUCUCGCAAACAUAUCUAAUGCAUGAUAUCGCUAGGAUCGUCGUUGCGCAACCCUAUGGUGGCAUGUACUACAAGGGUUUUCAUAGAAUGCUCUUCGAUUACCAGGCGGCUCGCAUCCUUGUCAGAUUCUCCGAGGCACAUCCUACCGUUAAAGUCCUCCUCCUGUUGGAAGCCCUACAGGCACAUGAAGACAGUUUUACGCUGCUCGUACAUGGCAUUGCGCUGAAUUACUCGGUCCGCGGAAAAGAAGAGCCUUUCUGGGAAGGUAAUUACAAACUCAGGUGGAGGUUCAAGCGAAUCGUCGACGGUAUGGCUCAGAAAGGUAUUCGGGUGACGGAUGCGGAUAACUUCAGGAUCUUUCCAUUUGAUGAGUACAAAGAGGAGGCCUUGAGGGACUCCUACUCUAAGAAGUGGAGAGAUAAGCAAAACCUCGAAGACUGGCUUAAGAUUAUCCGGGGUUGGUAUGAGAAAGGCAUCUGA